ACUCAGCUUCAAACUCAUAGAGAACCUCCUGCCUCUGCCUCCCAAAUUCUGGAAGAUUAAAGGUACUGUAUGAGCUGGGUGGUGACGGCUCAUGACUUUAAUCCCAGUACUUAGAGGCAGAGGCAGGUAAAUUUCUGAAUUCAAGGCCAACCUGGUCUACAGAGUGAGUUCUAGGACUAGGGCUACACAGAGAAACCUUGUCUCAAAAAAAAAAAACUAAACAAACACACACACAAAAAAAGGGAGCAUAUGAACAGUUUUCUUGUGUUGCCUGCAUGUAUUCCUGUCUACCAUGUGUGUGGCAUUACAGGUAGCUGUGAGCUGCCAUGUGGGAUCUAGCCCAUGUCCUAGAAGAAAGAUUAGCCAGUGCUCUUAACUGCUGAAGACUCACUCCAGCUCCUUUUAUUAUUUUUAAAAACAGGCUUUCAUUUAGCCCAGGUUAGUCUUAACUCCUUACGUAGAUGAAACUACUGUGAACUUGUUAUCCUCCUGCUCUCACCUCGGGUGCUGAGAUUACAGGAGGCUGCAGCAGCGCUCGGGGUCUUCUGCUUGCUAGGCAAGCGCUGUGCCCACUGAGCACCAGGUCCCCCCCCCUUUUUUUUGUAAAAAGCCUUUUAAGCAUUCUAGGAAACAAUGACAUAGGGACAAAUUUACAGUCUCAUUAAAAAAGCAGAGGAGCGACAGUAAAUCUGAAGUACAUCUUCCAUUUUUUGGAGUCAAAAAGCAGAAAAGAGGUUUGGCAGUUGUCACAUACGUUAGUGAGACUAAUGAGCUAAGUGAGGUUGUCCUGGCUCCGUGCGUGUGUUGUCAGUGCUUUGGGAAGAGCAUAGCAUUGGGUGUUUGGGGGCAUAUAUUCUUUCUCUUAAAGAUCUCUCCAAGUUCAAGGCCAGACUGGAGUGAGGUCCUUUCUCUCAAAAGAACGGGAAGGAGGCAGGAAGAGAGAAAAGGGUAAACUUAAUAUAUCCAUCUAGCCAGUUUCAGUUUCAUUACCCAUAUAUGGAAGUUUUGCUUAUGAAUAUUUGUAUUCUUUAAACUUCUCAACCUGUAGCCCCUAUCAUUAAUUUGAAACAAUUUCAGAUGUUAUUGUUUAAUAGUAUAAGAACUCUUUUUUAAAGCCAGCUGCCAGCUGGGGCUGUAGCUCAAUUGAUAGCAUGUUCACCUGACAUGCUUAAGGCCCUGAGUUUGAUCUUCAGCACCACAUAAAACUGGACCUAGUAGCACACAUUUGCAAUUCCGGUAUUCAGGAAGUAGAGGCAAGAGGAUCAGAAGUUCAAGGUCAUCUUUGACUAUAUAGUGAACUCUAGGCCAUCCCGGGCAACAAAACAAAUGAAAAGGACAACCACCAUUAUUAUACUCAAAAACAAACUUUCUGAUUACCUUUAAUCUUGGCACCUGGGAGGCAGAGGCAGUCAGAUCUCUUGAUUUUGAGACCAGUCCAGUCUGUUUAGAGUUCCAGACCAACAUGGUGAUACUGUCUCAAAAUAAAAACACAGCCCUAGGAGGAGGGGGCGCUGCAGGAUGGUUUUCCCUUUGUUAACUCCCUUUAGAUCUCUAGGCUGGCUGACUAUGGAGCUUCCCCUCACUCCCCACCUUUGCACUUUCUUUGUUGAAGAAUCCGGUCAUUUGUUGUAUAGUUUCCUAUAUGAAUUUUCUGAUUGUAUUCAUUUGAUGUCAUGUGACAUACUCCACAAUUUUUUGUUUUGUUUUGUUUUGUUUUGUUUUUUCAAGACAGGGUUUCUCUGUAUUGCUUUGGAGGCUGUCCUGGAACUCCCUCUGUAGACCAGGCUGGCCUCGAACUCACAGAGGUCCACCUGCCUCUGCCUCCCCGUGUGCUGGGAUUAAAAGCGUGCGCCCAAAACGCCUGGCUCCACAAUUCUUUUUAUGACCACAAUUUGGUUUUAGCUCCCCGUGCUUGAUCAGAUUACAGUUCAAUUCUUGGCCUGCCAUGGGGGAAGAUUAUUUAAUAGGCAAUAGCAUGCAAUUCUAGCAAGAAACAUCCUUUCUUUCUUGGCAUUGUUACCCAACCCUUGAUUAGCAUUGCUUAGGUAUUCAUUCAUCAGGAGUUGCAGAGCAAUAUGCGGUUGUAUAGUUCCUCCUUCACUUAUUAGCUGGAAUACUAACAAAAAGGAAUUCCUCCCUUUCUGGCAGUGACAUCCUCCCUAUAAGAAUAUCCCUCUCAGAAGAGAAGAGGAAACAAGCGCCUGGUGCAGAGCCCCAGUUCUUGCCUUAUGGAUGUGAAGUGCCUAGGGUGCUAUAAAAUCACAGUGGUCUUUAGUCAUGCACAAAUGAUAGUCUUGUGCGUUGGCUGCUCCACUGUCCUCUGUCAGGCUACAGGUAGAAAUGCAAGGCUGAAGAAAGGAUGCUCCUUCAGGAGGAAGCAGCACUGAUUUACAAUGUGUGGGAGCUAUCCCAAUAAACAACUUUUGGCUUAAAAAAAGCAAAAACUAGUCAGCUCAUUCUGUAAGCCCAGAAGUAAGGCUGAAACAGGAGAAUGCAAGUUUGAGGCCAGCCUGGGCUGCAUAGCAAGACCCUAUCUCUAAAUUAAUUGAGGAUAUUAAUUUAUUUCCAAACUGCAUAUAACAACAUCUGUUCUGGGUAGCGCUGGGAAAUUCCAUUUCCUAAAAGAAAUACCUGUCUCCAAAAACAGCUAUAUGCCUCCAGGAUUUAUACGUUUUGAGCUUUAAAAUUAUUAAACUUAGUAUAGUGGUGGUAGUGCACACACUUUCAA